AUCUCUCAUUGACACUCUUCUCCUUCACAUAAAGGGGCAGCAGCAGUCUUUGCUUCAAUCUCUGCCCCUUCUCUCCCUUUCUCUUCAAGCCUCAUCAAAGUAAGUUUUGAGUGAUGGGAGACAGAAUACUACCGGGAAGUUACUUUCAGUACCCACCUUCCGGACUCCAUGCUUCUACUCACAGGCCUUCUUCUCUUCCUUCAGAUCGUGAAAGGUAUUUAGCUGAAUUAUUGGGUGAGAAACAGAAGUUGGGGCCUUUUGUGCAAAUUCUGCCUCUAUGCACCAGGCUUCUUAAUCAAGAGAUUAGAAGGGUCUCGGGUCUUAACCCUGGUUUUGCAGAUCAUGAGAGAUUUAAGCAUGAUAGUCCUUUAAGGUCAUUGGGUCAACAUCCUAAUGGGAGACAGAUGGAUUUGGAGGGAUGGUCUGUAAUGCAAACUGAGGAAAACAGGCAUCUGCAACAAGUUGCUUCGAUUCAAGAUGCAUCAAUGGGUUGGCCUGGUUUGCCAGGAGUCCCUACAACACCAAUUGUAAAGAGAGUUGUUAGACUUGAUGUACCAGUGGAUAAAUAUCCGAAUUAUAAUUUUGUUGGCCGAAUUUUGGGACCACGAGGGAACUCCCUGAAGAGAGUUGAAGCCGUGACCGAGUGUAGGGUUUACAUAAGAGGCAAGGGUUCCGUCAAGGAUUCCGUGAAGGAAGAGAAACUGAAAGAUAAACCCGGAUACGAACAUCUUAACGAGCCACUGCACUUGUUGGUGGAGGCUGAAUUUCCUGAUGAUAUGAUAAAUUCUCGUUUGGAUUAUGCUGUUGGCAUACUAGAAAACCUUCUGAAGCCUGUGGACGAGUCCUUGGAUAACUAUAAGAAACAGCAGCUUAGGGAGUUGGCUUUACUCAACGGUACGUUGCGGGAAGAGAGCCCGAGUAUGAGCCCUAGCAUGAGCCCAAGUAUGUCACCCUUUAACAGUACCGGAAUGAAACGGGCCAAGACAGGAAGAUGACCUUUUUGACUAUAAAUCUUUGUUUCUUGCUGGUUCACUACAUCUGCUAAUUAAUUGCGAUCCCGAUGGCUGUGUGAUGGAUUCUUUUUGCCUAAACUUAAGGAUGUUGAAUUAGGAAGAUCAAGUGAAACUCCUGUCGGUUUCUGCACGUCGAUGGUUCUCCAUCUCGGUUUCCUUAUCUGUUGACCCCUGUUUCCUCACUUCCCACCCCCUCCAUAAAGUUGACUAUAUUGCUUUAUUAGUUACUGCGAAUAGCCUCUUCUGUAAUUAUUUUAGUCAUGUUCUUUCCGCUUCCGUGUCUCUAAACGCCGAAUAUACUUGAAUAUUCUUUUGCAUUGACAGUCUCACAAUAUUUCCAUGCAUAUUUCUACGUAUGCAUGCCUUUGAUUAUAAGAUAAGGUCAGUCAUUGUAUUGUAUUUUGACUU